AUGGGUACUGAAUGUCGUAUGGAAUGUGAACUUGGUACUGAAUGUCCUAUGGAACAAGAUCAAUUUGACCAUGACGCUGCACAUGGAUCUAUGCCUGAAGAUUCUACUAAUGAACAGAUUGAACCUGGAAAAGAGGUGAACUUAUAUGUUGGAAUGGAAUUUGAAUCAUUGGGUGAUGCCUUUAAGUGUUACUCUAACUAUGCACACAAUAAAGGUUUUAGUGUGCGAAGAAAUCGUAUCACGAAAUCAAGGAGCGAUAAAUCGAUAAUUGGACAAGAAUUUGUUUGUUCCAAAGAAGGAUUUCGCUCCAAAAAAGAUUCUAAAGCUGAUAUGCCACGGGAUAAAACAAGACAAGGAUGCAAAGCAUUGGUGUAUGUAUCCCAAAAGGAAAAGGGUAAGUGGAUUAUUGCUAGACUUGUUUUAGAACAUAAUCAUGUACUUGCCUCUCCUUAUAGCAAAAAAUUUUUACGUUCAAAAAGGAAAAAAAGUGUGGCCCAAAAGAAUUUGAUUGAUAUGCUAGACCAAUCUGGUGUUCGCCCAAGCAAGAUUGUCUCUGUUUUAGCAACUCAAGUUGGGGGAAUUGGAAACUUGAAUGUCACUGAUCAUGAUGUUUGUAACUAUUUGAGUACAAAAAGACACAAGGAACUAGAAAAAGGAGAUGCACAGUUAAUGCUGCAAUAUUUUCAGAAGCGACAAUCUGAGAAUCCUGGUUUCUUUUAUGCCAUUCAAGUAGAUAUAGAGGGUCGCCUUGCUAAUUGUUUUUGGGCUGAUGCUAAGUCAAGGUCAUUAUAUAAACACUUUGGUGAUGUGGUUACAUUUGACCCUACAUACCUGACAAAUAAAUAUAAGAUGCCUUUUGUUCCAUUAACUGGAGUUAAUCAUCAUUACCAGUCAAUUUUGUUUGGAGGUGCUCUGCUUUGGGAUGAAACCGAAGAAUCGUUUGUUUGGUUGUUGCAAACUUGGUUAGAAGCAAUGCUUGGGUGCCCUCCUAAAAUUGUCAUUACAGACCAAGACAUUGCGAUAACAAAUGUUGUUGCUAGAGUUUUACCUCAUAGUACACAUCAUUUUUGUAUGUGGCAUAUUGAGAAAAAAUUUCCAGAGACACUUAGCCAUAUUUAUCACCAAAACAAUGAUUUCAAGUAUCAUUUCUCAAAAUGCAUUCAUGACACUAUCACUCCAGAAGAGUUUGAAAUGGCUUGGACUGAGUUAAUUGAGAAGUACAAGUUGCAAAAUAAUACAUGGAUACAAAAGGUAUAUUCAAUUCGUGAAAGAUGGGUUCCUGCUUUUGUGCGUGCUAGUUUUUGCGCAGGUAUGUCAACUACCCAAAGAAGUGAGAGUAUGAAUAAGUUUUUCAAAGACUAUCUGAAUUCUAGCACAGCUAUGAGUAAAUUUGUGACUCAAUAUGAUAGGGCUAUUGAGGCAAGGUAUGAUAAAGAAAAAGAAAAAAAAUUUAAGACAAAGAAUACGAAACCAAUUUUGAAAACUCUGUACCCUAUGGAGGCUGAAGCAGCCAAAGUGUAUACACGAAAAAUUUUCAGAAUGUUUCAAGAUGAAUUACUGGAAUCCCAGAAAUAUGUUUCUGAGAAAAUAACUAUGAAAGAUGGAGUUUACAAAUAUAGGGUACAUGAGCGUCAAAAGGAAUUUCCCUCAUAUAUUGUAAUUCUAAAUAUUGUUGAACAAAAAGUUGAGUGCUCUUGUCACAAGUUUGAAUUUGUGGGGAUUCUUUGUAAACAUGCGCUGAUGGUGUUUAUAAAGAAACAAAUUCAUUCACUUCCAAUGCAUUAUUUGUUGGAUCGUUGGACAAUGAGUGCUAUUUGUGGACGAGAUGAGGGGGAUUUUUCUGAAAAACUUCACCAAGCUGAGCCGCUAAGAAAUUCAAGCAUGUGGUUUAAUGAUAUAAUGGUUCGUUCACUUGGCAUUUCAGAGAAAGCUUCAAGAUCUGCAAAACACCACAGAGUUGCACUUCAAGGGUUGCAAGCAUUAUCUGACAAACUUGAUGAUUUGCCCUACGAGAAUGAGCAAGACAGUAGUUUAUCUAUUUCUCAAGUUGACUGA